AAAGGCACUAAAAAAGGGAAAGUAUAAGAGGAAGAGAGGAAGGAGCCGAGAGAAAGAAGGAGAGACGCGCUGAGAUCUUUUGCUUUGCUAGUUUAUUUUGGCUUCUAGGGUUUCACAGUGUGGGAGGUUUUUCUGGAUCUUUUUCUUCUCGCUUUCAUUUUCUUCUUCUUUCUCUGUUGCCAACUCUUGUUCCUUCGUCGUCGGGGAGUUAACAUUUGGAUUUUUGUGCGGAGAACUUGAUUAACUGUCCUUCGCUUUUCUUCAUUCGAUUCUUCUUCUUUGGGAGUGGAAAAAGAUGAAGUCUUCGCUUAGGAAACUGAGAGGAUUCGCCCUCCACAAGAGUGCAGAUCUCAAGGAGAAGAGGGACCAUGGAGUACCUGCCCGCCAAGAUGAGCUCGUUCAGGCCUCUCAGGAUGUGUUAGACAUGAGGAACUGUUAUGAUAGCCUGCUUUCUGCAGCUGCUGCUACUGCAGUUAGUGCAUAUGAAUUCUCCGAAGCCCUGCGAGAAAUGGGUACUUGUCUGCUUGAAAAAACUUCGUUAAAUGAUGAUGAAGAAAGUGGCAAGGUUUUGUUGAUGCUCGGGAAAGUGCAGUUUGAACUCCAAAAACUUGUUGAUAGCUAUCGUGUCCACAUCAACCAGACAAUUACCACACCAUCAGAGUCUCUUCUAAAGGAGCUUCAAACUGUAGAGGAUAUGAAACGCCAGUGUGAUGAAAAACGCGAUCUGUAUAAAUUUAUGUUAGCUAAACAUCUAGAAAAAGGAAGGACAAGACAUGUUAAAGGUGAAGGUUUCUCAACGCAGCAGUUGCAGGCAGCUCGAGAGGAUUAUGAGGAGGAGGCUAAUCUUUUUGUCUUUCGAUUGAAAUCACUGAAGCAGGGGCAGUCUCGCAGUCUACUGACACAGGCCGCCCGUCACCAUGCCUCUCAGCUAAAUUUCUUUAGAAAUGGAGUAAAAUCACUUGAGAUUGUUGAACCACAUGUUAAAGCAUUAGCUGAACAAAGACAUAUUGAUUAUGAUUUUAUUGUAUCCGAGGAAGAUGACUCAGAGGAUGGUGAAGGUAAUAAUUAUUGCUAUGAUGUCAAUGAAGACAGCGAAGUGAGCUUUGAUUAUGGACAAAAUGAACACAUUCAUGGUCUUGGUUCAACUAACAAAAACUCGGCGGAGCAAUUGUUAGAGCAGAGUCAUGGAGAGUUGCCCCCUUUUGUUAGGGGGACUAUUUCUGUCAGCCAAUCUGCGUCAAUCUUACCUGACAAGAAAUACGAACCAUCUAAAGGAAUCAAGCAAGUUCAUGCUUCAACUCUAAGGGAAGUCCAUACUUAUGUUCUUCCUACUCCAUUGGAUUGUAAGAGCCCACCUUUCCUUGGUUCCCGUGAUUCCCUCUCUGAAACUAUCCGACAUAAUAGUGGUGGUUUGCCCAAACAGUUGUGGCAUUCCUCCCCUUUGGAACCAAGUAAACCUGCUAAAGAUUUAAAAGAUGAACCGUCAAAGUUACCUAUUUCACAAUCUGUGCUCAAAGAGAGUAACAUUAAUGGUGGUCCAAUCAAAUUGCCCCCUCCUUUGACUGAGGGGUUGUCAAGAUUACAAUCAAAUUCACAAAGUGGAGCUUCUGAUAGUAAGUUUAUUAAAAGACAAGCAUUCUCUGGUCCUCUGUUAGGUAAAUCUAGGACAAACAGUCCAAUAUUACCCACCAAUGAGUAUGUUCAGCUUUCUGUAUCUCCAAGAUUGUCCCCAUCUGCCUCUCCUCUUCCAAUGUUUUCGCCACAAAUUAAUGAACUUCAUGAGCUUCCUAGGCCUCCAAUAUCUUACGCAAAUCCUGCAAGACCUUCCAGUUUGGUUGGUCAUUCAGGGCCAUUGGUUCCAAGAAGUCAAGGACUUUAUACAACAAAUCGAAUGUUAUCAAAUACAGCAUCACCAUUGCCAACACCUCCUGCAGUCAUGGCUCGCAGUUUUUCUAUACCCUCUAAUGGCCAAAGAUCAGGAACUUUGACGGUGUCUAAUUUCCAUGAGGCUAUUCACAAUCCAGAGGCGCAUGAAGAGCUUUCUUCUCCACCACUCAGAAGAAUCUCUCUCUCAAACACACAGCCAUUGGCAAAGGGUUCAGGAUUAGUUACUUGAGCUGCAGAACUGAAUAUUUCAGGCCCGAACAAAACAAGCAAAAAUAAUUGCUUUUUUGUGUACAUAGUAAUAGUAAUAAUCUGUGCAUUCUGAUUUUUCUCAUCAUUUUUUUUUUUGUUUAGCCCUCCAUUAGAUGAACUUUUUUUUUUAUUUACAUAAAAUGUGCUUCUUAUAUAUUAAUUGUUUUUGUGCCUUGUUUUU